AUUCAUCCCUUCGGCUCCUCGCUUCCUCUCGCCCACCUCCGGGAAUCGGUGUCUCUUCUUUCAUCAAAAGGAGUCCGCGUCCCUUCCAGUGCCUUCCAGCGGCGGCCGUCGGAGAUUCCACCCGUCCUCCCUCCGGAAUCUUCAGCUCUCCUCGCUCGUCGGAUCCGAGAUGGAUGACAGCUGCGCGGUGUGCGCGGAUGCCCUCGAGUGGGUGGCCUACGGAUCUUGCGGCCACCGGGAGGUGUGCUCCACCUGCGUCGUCCGGCUACGCUUCGUCCUCGACGACCCCCGGUGUUGCAUCUGCAAGACCGAGUGCCCCAUCGUCUUCGUCACCAAGGCUUUGGGGGACUACACAAGGGUGAUAACUGAUUUUUCAGUGUUCCCGGCCAAUGCGGCGGAAGGCCAGGUGGGGCAAUAUUGGUAUCAUGAGGGCACGCAAGCAUUUUUUGAUGAUGUGGACCACUACAGAAUGAUAAAGGCGAUGUGCCGGCUUUCUUGUGGCGUUUGCGACAAGAGUGUAGAGGAACAAGGGAGUGAGGGCUCCAAGAGGAGGCAAAGGUUUAGGAGCAUAGAGCAAUUGAAAGGCCAUCUUUUCCAUCAGCAUAGGUUGUUCAUGUGCAGUCUAUGUUUGGAAGGGAGAAAGGUAUUUAUUUGUGAACAAAAGCUUUACACUAGAUCACAACUGAAUCAACACAUAAGCACUGGUGAUUCGGAGGUGGAUGGUAGUGAGAGUGAACGUGGUGGCUUUAUGGGGCAUCCCAUGUGUGAGUUCUGCAGGAACCCAUUUUAUGGAGAUAAUGAACUGUACACUCACAUGUCAACAGAACAUUAUACUUGCCAUAUAUGCCAGAGGCAACAUCCUGGGCAGUAUGAUUAUUACAGAAAUUACGAUGACCUAGAGAUGCAUUUCCGCCAAGAGCAUUUCCUAUGUGAGAAUGACGCUUGCUUGGCAAAGAAGUUUGUUGUGUUCCAAACAGAAGCUGAAAUGAAGAGGCAUAAUACUAUCGAGCAUGGGGGUAACAUGUCUCGUUCUAAGCGGAAUGCUGCACUUCAGAUACCGACUAGCUUCAGAUUUCGACGAAAUGAACAAGAACAGCGACGGGGAAGAGGUCGUGGAUUUCGUCCUGAACCAUCUAGCAACCAACUUGCAAUGGCAAUUCAAGCAAGCCUGGAGACAGCAAUUGCAGAUCUCAGAGUUCGUGAUUCUUCUUCUAGUGCUGUUCCAGUUACCGAGCGUGGGGAGACAAGUCAAGGUCACACAGUUACAGGUUCCCUGGAGUCAGUAUCUAUCAAUUCAGGUCCUGAGUCACGUUCAAGAUCUUCUGCAACACAGAGCCAAAGCUCUCGGACCACUCCAUUUUUAGAAGAAUCUUCCUUCCCUCCCCUUGGAGAUAGGGAGCUACCUGAACCUUCAUCUAGGUAUGCUCAGGCUCUUAGUCAAAGCUCAAGGAGUGCUGCCCGUCUUGGAGAAGAAUCAUUUCCUCCUCUACCUGGUGCAAGUAAGAGCAGUAAACCAAAAGCUACACGCGGACUAGAAAGUUUGGCAAAAAAUACCCUUGCAGCUCGUCUCCAUCAACGUAGCAGGGCCUCUGUGGCAGUUAACUCUGCUAAGGCAAGGCCAUCAGAUUACCAUGAGAGUCUCUCUUCUAGUUCUACAAGCUCUCAGAUCAGAACAGCACCAACACAUGGACAAACACCAAGUUCAAAUUCUCAGCCUCGGAUGGCAACAAAACCAGCAAGAGAUAAUGGGUCCGUAUCACCUCUAUCUGCCAAUCCUGCUUGGAAGUUGAACAGCACAAAUAAGAUGAGGCAUUCUGCAUCAGCUCCAAGCCUUGUUGAGGGACGAUUUUCAAACCAAGCUACAUCUAGUAUGGUUUCUGCUAUGAGUGGAAACCAGGUGUUGCCUAUGAGCAACCAAUCUCUGCCCAAUGUGGAGGAUGUUCACACUGCAAACAAGACUUUGGUAGAAAGGAUCCGUUCUGGCCUAGGAAUGGAUGAGGAUAAAUAUGCUGCAUUUAAGACCAUAUCCGCUGAAUAUCGUCAAGGACUAAUCAACACCUGGGAAUACCUUUCUUAUGUUGAGCAGUUUGGCCUGUCCCAUCUUGUUCCUGAACUGGCUAGACUCUGCCCUGAUGCUCAGAAACAGAAGGAACUAACAGAUGCCUGCAAUGCCAAUCUGAGGAACAAAUUUAGUCUGCAAAAGGAUGCUGGCAGCAGUUCUGGCAGCUCAAAAGGGAGUCACCUUUUGGGCAAGGGAAAGGGAAAAAGUGUAGAUCGUGCAGGAAGUACUAGCGCAAAAGAUGCAUUAGGAGAAAACAUUUUAAGCACUGUAAGAAAGCUACAGUCAAGUCGAAAGCCUCAGGAAGAAGAGGUGGAGAUCUUGUCAAAGGAUGGUUACCGAGCUGCCAGGGGUCAACAGAAAUUACCUGUUGGGGAAGCUUACAUUAAUUCAGAUUCUGUUAGCAUGAACUUGGCUGACUCAACAGGCAAUAGAGAAUCCCUUCCAAACAGUACCAAGUCUAACCAGAAUUCAGGAGAUGGUGGAGGAAGCAGUAAGCAACAUAGGAAGUCUGCAAAAUUCCUUAGAGUCCGUUUGGGUGAUGGUUCAGCAGCAGCGCUUCUUGACCUUGGUCAUGCAAAUGCUAGCCCUGAGUGCACAGAAGAUGAGUCUACCCACAACCCCUCCGGUGGAUUACCAGUAAGAGGUGUUUGGCGAAAAGGGGGGGGACACAGACUGUUUGCAGACUCUCAGAAAGAUCCCUCAAAGUGAUGUCUGUUACUACAAUUCUGUAUGUUUCUGCAGAAGCCCGAGAUUUUCUUGAAAGUGAAAGCUUGGGUUGACCUUUUUUUGAAGAUUACCACGCUUGGCCCUUGUUUGUCUUAUCGGCCAUUAACCUGAGCAGGAGAAAUAAUAUCCAUAAUGCAUGAUCAUCUUUCAGUCUGCUUGCAUCGGCGAUGGGAAUGUUCUUGAUAAUGUAUGAGGUUAAAGAGUUGAAAACCCAACUUGGCUGGAUCCAGCCUACUAUAGAUUUUGAUAAUUUAAGGCUUUACUAAAAUUAAUGUUCUGGGACUGGGUUUCUAGAUUUUCUCUGUUACGUGUGAUGGAAUACAUUCAUGUUUUGGUUACUGUUACAAUGGCCUGGAUUUAUACAAUCGGAUUUGCCAGAGAUAA